AUGGCAGAAGCUGGCGAAGAAGCGACGACCAUGGGGGAGGAGCUGGAACGAUGGGCGCUGCACGAUUGCAGCGCCUUCCGCGACGCGCGCGGCCCGGACGAGAUGAAGCGGUUGUUUGAACGGUUCCGGGCGACGCGUGGCAAGCCCGUCACGGUGACGCCCACCGUGACCAUCAGGUCGCUCGAUCGUGUGUGGACAGCAUUCGUGAAGCGGUGGAACCUGGAGGGUCGCGAGGCGUUCGAAACCAUGUUGAAAAAGCGUGAAGCUGAUCACGCUCGGUUGUCCAUGGGUGUCCGCACUGUCGCGAGCUUGGUGUCACGCGACCGGAUCGUGAAGAGUGGCGCCGCAUUGUGGAGGCAGUUCCUGUGA